AUGGCAUCUUCUUCCGAACCACUUCUUUCAUCCACGAAACGUAAUAAUAAUAAUGUUGAAUAUACACCGUUAACUGACCGCUCGUCGUCUUCUGUAGAAAUAUCAGAAGAUCAACGGCCAGAUUUAAUACAUGAAUAUGGAUCAGAUAAUGAGAUAAAUAAAGAUGCUUUUGGAGGCGAAGAUGGCGAAAGACCAUUGAAAUAUAAAAUUGUUGCCUUGCUGUGCGUUUUGUCUUUGUCUGGUAUAAAUUACAGCAAGAAACUGAUAAUUGAUUCUCACAACUAUGUAUUGAUUGCAGUUGGAAGUCAUUAUGCGGCUCACACGCUCGGAGCUUUGAAGACAGAAAUUAAAAGAGAAUUAGGCAUUACAAAUGCACAAUAUGGAAUUAUACAAUCUUCAGUUUCGCUUGUGAACACAAUUUUACCGAUCCUCGGGGGAGUCUUUAUUGAUACCUUUGGGACCGUGGCUGGAUCAAUCUUGGCCACAUCUUUAAUUGCCACAGGAAAUAUACUGGUGGCAUCGUCUACUCUAUUAGUAUCAUUUAAGGUGAUGGUGGUUGGAAGAAUUAUGUAUGGUAUUGGAAGUGGCACCAUUGUCACGAUUCAGACUGCCAUCUUGAGCCAUUGGUUUAGAGGAAAAGGAUUGGCAAUUGCUGUUGGCUCUCAGAUUGCCGUAGCAAGAUUGUCGUCGUUUCUUGCAAACUUGACUGUUAUUCCAAUUAGGAGAAUCACCGGUUUUUAUGGUUGGGCAUUUUGGUUUGCAGCAUUUCUCUGCCUGAUUUCCUUUACAAUAAACAUAAUAUAUGUGUUUAUAAUGCGAACUAUUAAUGAAAAACUUUGUGAGCAAGAAAUCAUGAAGCUUAAACAAAAGCGAUCGUUUAAUUCGAGAAACUUGCUAUUCCUACCAGCAAUCUACUGGAUUUUAACGUUACUUGAAUUUGUAUUGGGUUGUUCCUGGACUUCAUUUCUGCAUAUUCAUACAGAAUUGGUAAAAUUUAGGUGGAAAGUUUCUGACGAAGUUGCAGCAUAUUACUCGAGUGUUGCACAGUUCUUACCGAUUUUCGUUUCACCCUUUCUUGGUUAUCUGUUGGAUAGAUUUGGAGGUCGAUCUUACGCUCUAAUCGCGUCCACGGUUUUCCUUGGCCUUUCAAUGUACUUCCUCGGAUUCACUCUCAUGUUCUCUCCAAUAAUUGGAAUGAUUUGUUUCUCGGUAUCACUCUCAUUAGGACCUGUUUCAUUGCUAUCAUCUAUCCCAAUUAUAUUGUCAUUGAACUAUGUCGGCACAGGGUUAGGAAUAAUAAAGUCGGUAUCGAAUAUAGGUGCUACGUUAUAUGACAUCUUCGUCGGUAUACUGCAAGAUAAGGAUUACAGUGAAUAUACGUUGGUGAUGAGGUUAUAUUUAUUUACUAGUCUCAUCGCGAUGAUGGUUUCUGUAUGGUUAUUGAUAACAUCAAGGAGGUGGUAUGAUGGAGUGCUCGAUAUGAAAGAAGAUGAACGAAGAAACUAUUUUGAGGAAAAAAGACAGAGCGAGGAAUGCAGGCAAACGUUUGUGCAACAAAGAAAGCCAUCGAAGAUGAAUUGGCUUUAUAUUAUAUGUUUUGUUGGGAUUUUGGUUUUAAGUUGGGUUUUGUUCUUUAUAUUCGUGAUUGAUGGCAUGAAAGAAUGA